CCCGGAAGUAGUCACAACAGUGUGCUGCUGUUGCUAUGGAUGUAGAUUAGUAGCUAGAUAUGACAUUUGGGAUUUGGUAAAUAUUAACGCGAUGGUUGCCACUUACCCGUGUAUGAUCAACUCGUGGUAUUUAUCUUUAAACAGUGUGCAAGCUUGCCUAUGAGAUAAGUUUAUGUUUUCGACGAGUGAAAGUUGAAAGGAACUAGACACACCAAAACAAGAGCUAAUGUUGUGACAUCUGAAUGUGAUUAAAAACCAGCUGUCGCGUUAAUACGCUUGUGUCUGUUUCUAUAGUGCCGAUGUCAAGAUGUCUGUGGAACUGGAUGUAUUUGUUGGAAACACCACUAUUAUGGACAAAGAGGUGUAUCAACUGUGGCUGAAUGGAUAUACAGUGAAUGAUGCAGUGAAGGUGCGGAUAGAUGGAGGUGUGAUGGAGGAGUGCGAGGCGAGUGCAGAAGUGCUGCUCAGUGACACCAUGGACCAGUACAGAACUUUCCAGAUGUGUGAGAGACUUUUGCACCAUCCGGCUAAACUAGCCAAUCAGCUACUAUUUCAGAUACCACCAGACAGACAAGCCAUGCUCAUUGAAAGGUAUUAUGCUUUUGAUGAUUCGUUUGUUCGAGAGGUCCUGGGAAAGAAGCUCUCCAAAGGAACAAAAAAAGACCUUGAUGAUGUUAGUACAAAGACAGGCAUUACACUGAAGAGCUGCAGAAGACAGUUUGACAACUUCAAGCGAGUGUUCAAAGUGGUGGAAGAACUCAAGGGCCCCCUGGUGGAAAACAUACGGCAACACUUUCUACUACCUGAUCAAUUAGCCAGAGACUAUGCUGCAAUAGUGUUCUUUGCCAAUAAUCGUUUUGAGACGGGCAAGAAAAAGUUGCAGUAUCUAACCUUCCAGGACUUUGCCUUCUGUGCUGGGCAGCUAAUCAACAACUGGACUGUAGGAGCUGUGGACAACAUGAUGGAGGACAUGGAUGUAGAUCUGGAUAAGGAAUUCCUCCAAGACCUCAAAGACCUCAAAAUUCUAAUCACAGACAAGGAUCUCUUAGACCAACACAAAAGUUUAGUGUGCACUGCUCUGCGGGGUAAAACCAAUGUCUUCAACGAGAUGGAAGCCAAUUUUAAGAAUCUCUCAAGAGGCCUUGUAAAUAUCGCUGCCAAAUUAAUCAACGCAAAAGAUGUUCGUGAUUUCUUCAUUGACCUUGUUGAAAAGUUUAUUGAACCCUGUCGAUCAGACAAAUGGACAUCAAUAGAUGUGAACCUCUACCUUACUCAUUAUACAAACUCGGCACAUAUCCUUGACACCUUCAAGCACCAUGCUGUCUGGACCAGAUACAUGGGAGUUAUCAAAAGCUGCAUUCUUAGAAUGUACCACGACUGAAGAAGAAUCUCCAUUCACACCUUUUCUUUCCCCUUCAUGAUAACUCAUCUGCAUGCAAUUGUGCAUCUGAUGAAUAUUUGGCCUGAUGUUUAAUUUCUCCCUGUUUUUAUCAUCUGCUUUCCCAAAUAUGUCCCCCUGCCAGCUGUCCAUCUCUUCACCUCCCUCUCCCUUUAUCCCUGCUUUAUUCUUUCACCCGUUGGCCUCCAGAACUGUAUGACUUGUAAAUAAACACAGCAUGAUUUCCACAGA